AUGCUGCUGCUGGACAUGUUGACGCCAGCCAACGCCGCAGUCAGACACGGCGACACGCCUCCCCUCUCUCCCCCCCACCACCACCAUCACCACCACCAUCACCACCACCACCACCACCACGAUCAAGUCUCUGCCUCGCCCAGAACGCCUGCUUCCUUCCUCGCCCAAUUGCCUCUUUCCCUGCUCGGCUCCUAUCUCCGACAACAGACCCCCUCACCCUCUUCCGCUCUCCCUUUGGCCUCGUCUGACCAAACCAAUCAUGUCGACCCUCCGCUCCCUACCGGUACCGGUACCGUCCCUACCGUCCCUACCAUCCCUACCGCCACCAGACAGGACUCCAAUACACCACUGCCGCAACUUGAUGCAAUCACACACCACAACCAGGUCGGCUCUUUUGCACCCUCACGCCCCACAUCCUCGGCAAGUAGCGCAGCGGACCAUGGGCUGCAGAAGAAACGAGCGCCCCGACCGAAGACGUCUUUCCUCUUCGCUAAGCCUGCACAUGUGCAGCCCAUCCCCCAUUCCAAGCUCUACCUUCGACCCAAGGUUCUCUUGCAAUUGCACCAGGUCAUUGCAGCCCAGCGCCCAAAGCCCGUGUACGAGGUCAUUCCCUUUUCCCUCCUUCCUCCACGUUCCACACGCCGCUUUGCACGGUCCUUCAACACACGGGAUCGCUUAGGAGCCCAUGACCUGUUGAUCGUACAGGCAGAAGCCUACACCACCACCAACGAGGGAGACAACAAGUCCGAUGACGAGCGCUGGGACACUAGGGAAGUCAUAGGCGUCAUCAGCCCGGCGAGGUCCGACAAGGGUGUCACGAGAAAGACGGAGAUAUGCAUGAACGAUGGGAGGAGCCGCUGGGAAGUAUCCGCCAUGCCAAACGGGAGCUUCGAGUUCAACACGACGGAUCAGCAUGGCUUGCCGCUGAAAGCACGCUGGGUGUUGAAGCCCCCGCAUCUACGGAGGUCGUCGGGCAUGUCCAAUGGUGGACCUCUCUCCUCCGCCUUUCCUUCCAGACCAGAGGACAACAAAUAUACUUUCAGCACAAUCGGCGCAGGCACGCGACGCCAUCCCGUAAUCGCAACAAUGACUCGCCUGGGCAUUGAUGUCAUGGAUUCCUACGUAAUGCCAUCAGCGACCUCUCCAGGUACGCCCGGCUCCGUCUCUCCCGGUCUUGCACCUUCCAGCACCGACCUGAACGCUAUGAUGGAUUCAUCAAGCACUCCUUUCCCAAUCUUCACAGACGAUGCGCUUCGGCGAUUGAUCCUGGUGUCUGCAAUCUGGGUCGCGGGCAACAACUACGCUCCUGCCGAAAGUUCCGGCCAGUCCAACCUAGGUCCCUGUGCCGUUUUCCGGCAACCCACACACCGCACCGUUUCCAUGUCAGGACUCGACUCACCUCGCUCAGUCUCCCCCGCAUCCACCGUAGACGAAGGGCGUCGUUCUAUCCACAAGCUGUUCAGCUCCGGAACCGGAAGCCUGCGCCGCCGUACAAGCGUCGAAGUUCCCUCAUCCCCGGCCUCAACCAAGACAACUACAAACACUUGUCCUGUAGCAAAUACCCGGGGCCGCAGAGCUAGUUCCGACGCGCCUGUCCGCAGCACAACCGGCAGCAUGAGAAAGCGGUAUGGCGUUGCGUUUGAGCCUCGGGCCCUUUCAGAAGGCGAAGAAGAGCGUCCGCACAGCAUAAACCCCCACCCCACCACUGCCCUCACCCUCCCCAUCCCCAUCGAAAGACCCUCCAUGGAAUCCUCCCCCAUCGACACAAACCCCCCCUCAACCCUACCAACCACGCCAACCCCAUCCCCCAUCAUAAUCCCCCCCACCUCCCCCAACCCCACUCCCUCACCCCUCCCCUCCCCCGCCCUCCCAGACCCCUCACGAACCCGCAAAACCCAAUCAGCAUACAACCCCAUCCGCACCACCGGCCUCUGGGACUCUGGCGUCCCCGACCGUCCUGGCCCCCGCUCCCGCCCCACCAGCAUGCUCGUGUCCAAUGAGCGCAAACGCAAACAGGACGGCAAGGGUAGGCGCGAUAAGGUGGAGGUUGCGCAGGAUAGUGUGGCGCGGGUUUCUGGGGAGGCGGAGUUUAUGGGAUUGAGGCGCAGGGGGGAUUGGUAUCGGUACAAGGUGAAGACGCGGUUGAGGGGGUGGUUUGGGAGGGGAGAAGGGUGA